AUGGCCAUCGCUCCAGCUCGUCAAUCUGCCGGCGGCAGCAACGGCGCCUCGUCGUCGGGCAACUUUACGCCGUCGGGCGACUUCUCGUUCGCGUCGCCCUCGGGCGCGUCCGCCUCGUUCACCAACCCGUACGACUCGCAGUUCAACGGCAACGGCAACGGUCGUCACGGCGGCGACUCGGACUCGGACGACGACUCGGACUCGGACGACGACUCGUCGGACUCGGUCGACUCGCGCCCGCCGGUCAAGGCCGACAGCGACCUGAGCGACGCCGAGCGGGUCGCGCGCGCCGCCGAGAAGAAGGAGCUCGGCAACGUCUCGUACAAGCGCGCCGACUACGCGACGGCCGUGCGCCACUACUCGCACGCGAUCGACCUCGACCCGUCCGAGCCGUCGUACCACCUCAACCGCGCCGCCGCGCGCAUGCUCCUCAAGCUGUUCGGCGCCGCCCUCGAGGACUGCCUCGCGGCCCAGGCGCUCCAGAAGAACGACCCGCAGAGCAAGACGCUCCUGCGCACGGCCAAGUGCCAGCUCGCGCUCGGCCUCGUCGCGCCCGCCCAGCAGUCGCUCCACGAGGCGUUCCGCCUCGAGCCGGGCAACCGCGCCGUCGCGACCGAGAAGAGCCGGGCCGAGCGCGUCGCCCAGCACGUGAGCAACAUUCGGCGCGACCUCGAGCGCAAGGAGUGGAGCAUGGUCCUCCUCGGCGUCGACGCCGCCGCGCGCGAGUGCGAGGCCGACGCGACCCCGAGGGAGUGGCGCAUCUGGAAGGUCGAGGCGCUCGUCGGCAAGAAGCGCUACGACGAGGCGGCGAGCCUGGCUGCCGACCUCUUGCGCCUCGACCCGAAGCAGCCCGAGCCGCUCUACUACCGCGGCCUGUGCCUGUACCUGUCGGGCAGCAACGACCAGGCGAUCAAGCACUGUCAAGAAGCGCUGCGCAACGAUCCCGACUACUCGCGAGCUCGCACCCUCCUCAAGCGCAUCCGGCUCGUCGAGCAGCUCAAGGAGCAGGGCAACACGGCGUUCAAGGAGCAGCGCACCGACGAGGCGAUCCAGAAGUACUCGGACGCCAUGGACGCCGACCCGGACAACGAGACGAUCAAGGCCGUCCUCUUGAGCAACCGUGCGGCAGCCUACUUGCGGGCCAAGAACUACGCCUCGGCCAUCGCCGACUGCACCACCUGUGUCACCCUGUCGCCGACGCACUUCAAGGCGUUCCGCACCCGGGCGCGGGCGCACCUCGCGCAGGAGGACUUUGAGGCGGCCGUGCGCGACUUCAAGCAGGCGUUCGAGCUCGCGCCGCAGGGCAGCGCCGACGAGCAGGCGCUCAAGCGCGAGGUUCGCGAGGCCGAGGCGGCGCUCAAGAAGAGCAAGAUGAAGGACCACUACAAGAUCCUCGGCGUCGAGGCGGACGCGAGCGAGAUCCAGAUCAAGAAGGCCUACCGCAUGAUGAGCCUGCGGCACCACCCGGAUAAGGGCGGCGACGAGGCCGUCUUCAAGGAGAUCAAGGCGUCGUACGAGCUCCUGUCGGACCCGCAGCGCCGCGCCAAGUUCGACCAGGGCAUCGACGAGGACGACCCGACCGGCGGCAUGUCGGGCUACGACGACUUUGGCGGCAUGGGCGGCAUGGGCGGCAUGGGUGGCGGGUUCGGCGGCGGCGCGUUCAACAUGGAGGACCUGUUCGGCGGCGGCAUGGGCGGCGGCGGGUUCGGCGGCGGUGGCGGCUUCCACAGCCACGGCGGCGGGAGGAGAGCCGGCGGGGGCUACUCGUCGUACGGCUUCUAG